UGCGCCGCCGGCCUGUGUGUGACUGUGUGUGUAGCCGCACGCCUCCUGCACAGUGCGGGGGAGCCUGGGGAAUACCUCAUAGCAGGAGCCACAUAGGCGGAUUAUGCAUCGGGCUGUCUGGGGUGUGCGCUGAAGGAGCCCCGGCAGCCUGUGACAGUGAGGCACACACCGAACACACACAGUCCCGCCUCCUCUCAGACAUGGCGCCCAUGGGGAUCCGUCUGUCCCCUUUGGGGAUCGGCGUGUUUUGUUUGCUGGCACUCGGGGUGCUCUAUCAUGUGUACUCGGGCUUCCUGACCGGUCGCUUCUCCGCCUUCCUGCUGGGGGACCCAGAGGACUCCGGUGCUGACGGCUUUGUGGACUUGAGGGAGCUGCUGGCAGUGGCGGUAAAGGCAGCCGAGCUCGGCGGUGUGGAGGUGAAGAAAGUCCGGGAGAGUAACCUCCUUAACGAGAAGAAAAAGGGCAAGACGAAAGAGGGAGCAGACGACAAAAUGACCCGCGGGGACCUGCUGUCCAACAAGAAAAUGUUCCACCUCAUCCAGAACGCCUUCCCCGGGGUGCAGGUGAAUACUGAAGAGGUUGUUGAUGCAGAUGACCAGGAAGCUGUUUCAUGGGAUCGUAAAAUUCCUGAUGAUAUAAUGGAUGUAAUAAAGUCUUCCAUUUCAGUUUCCACUGAUAGCAUCACCAUUUGGAUUGAUCCAUUGGAUGCAACGUUUGAGUAUACAGAGAAUCUUGUCACUUACGUUACAACUAUGGUAUGUGUUGCUGUGAAUGGAAAACCUGUAAUUGGUGUAAUACACAAACCUUUCUCAGGUUAUACCGCAUGGGCGAUGGUGGACAGUGGCUCAAAUGUAAAAAAACGAAGUUCUUACAAUGACAAAACACCAACCAUCAUUGUAUCCCGUUCUCAUUCUGGGGUAGUUAAAGAUGUAACCCGUGAAACAUUUGGGAACCAGACUACAAUAAUAUCUGCUGGAGGAUCAGGUUAUAAAGUCCUCUCAUUGCUUGAUGUAACUGAAGAGGGACAGGAACAUGCUGAUGUUUAUAUACAUGUGACCUUCAUAAAGAAGUGGGAUAUUUGCGCUGGUAAUGCAAUAUUGCGUGCUCUUGGUGGUCGCAUGACUACGCUUAAAGGAGAAGACAUUGUUUACACUGGGUCAGAUGGGAAUGAAGGUGGGCUGCUUGCUAGCAUUGGCAUGGACCAUGAUGCACUUGUUAAAAAAUUAGCUGAAAAGCUGCCAGCCUUUGGAAAGAAAUCACAAAAAUAACAACAAUUAACUGGCACAGUGACACUGAAAUACUUUUGGCUCAAUAAAGAAGAAUGGAUGCCGGCUAGUGCAGGUUACUGCACUGUGGUUCAUGUAUAUUUCAGGACAUAAACAGCCAUUCUGUAUUAUAUUGUUCAUGAAAGUGCAUGAUACUAGGAGCCAACAUGUAUUGUAGAUUUGGAAGACUAAACUUGAUUAGUAUUAUAUUCACCAUAUGUGUGAGUAAAGAAAUAUGUAAAUCUGUAAAGAUUACAUUUAAAUUAGAUAUAGAAUUGGAAAUUAAAUAAUUUGUAUAGUUUAAGUAUUCUGUUUCCAGCCAAGCCUUCCCAUUAAAAUGAUGAAGACAAUAAAAAACAUAAAAAAUUGUGCCUUCUAUCUUCAGAAAACAUCUGUGUGCGUGUAUGUAAAUAUGAAUGUUUGUGUGUAUAUGUAAACACACAAAUUAGUAGCGUCAUGGUGGAGAAAGGUACAAUGUUUAAAAUACUUUUAAUGUAUAGAUAGACACAUAUACAUAUCCCUAUAUGGCUCUAAAUAUGACUACAUUUUUCUUAUUGAGAGCAUCAAAUUUUGUGUAGUUAAACCAACUCACGUUUCAUUAACAUGUGCUGUUUAACUGUUACAUUUGGAUAUACGUCGUCUCUGAUGUCAAUAAGCUAUUAAAACUGUGUCUUGAUGUUGCAGAUACUUUAUAUUUUCUGUAACUCUAAAAAGAAAUGAAAUAUGCUUUAAAAUGUUAUCAGAUGUCAUUUUUGUUUGUCAAAUUCUGUAUAUAAUGUUAGAUCCCGUUUGUCAAUUUGCCUUGGGACAUAGAAAGGGAUGUUUUUUUUGUUUUUUAAAUAUCUUUUGCUAAGUAAAUUUCAGGGUAAAUAUUCGGGCACUGAACAUAUUUCUUCUAUAUUCUAUAAGUUUUCCAUAUGUUUUUUAUGUGCAUUGUCUUUGUACUGCUCCAUUAAAUUAUGACAGAUUCCUUGUUUUUUUGUAUUAAUAAUUCUGCUCUAUAUGACAAUUGCAAAUAAUGAUUUUGUAUUUGUGGCUUACCAAACUAAAUUUUUUUUAUGGGAGGCCUUACAAAACCUGUGCAACAAUGUUUAGUUUACAAAUAUGAUUAUAUUCAACAUAUUAAAAGCAAUAUUUUGAGUGU